AUGUAUAAUAGAUUAUUUUGGUCUAAAUACAUCUUUAGAGUAUUUCACAUCUCAACCAUCACUAUUAUAAGCGGAAAUAUAAUAUGGAAAUAUUUGUUUUCAUCAUAAAAUGAAGAUCCUUCAAAAUUAAUUUAAUGGGUAUUAUCCUUCAUUAUGAUUAUUUCUGGCUUCAUUAAUACAAUUUUGUUAGAUCCUAAAAACAAAAUGAAAUAGCAUUCUAAAUAAUGGAUUGGUAUGAUGCAUACUAAAUUGAUAUUAUGUAAGUAUUUAAUCUAAUUAGCAAUAAUCAUUAUGACUCCAAUCUUUAAUUAAAUUUUUGAUGAUCACCUUGCUUUGGAAAUAAGAUUCAUAUUUAUUGUAUUUUGGAUCUUAAUCUCACCUUUCUUAAGGUUUUAUAGAGAAGCCUGGUCUGAACAUCAUAGAGGAUAACAUACAUAAUUAUAAAUGGUUUAGUUUGAAUAAAUACAAGAAUGA